CCUAGAUUCAUUGUAUUAUAAAUAUGUCUAACAUGGGAUAAGGUAUUUCCACACCAUAUUGUCGCAUAGAUUCCAUCACAAAGAAUCAAAACAGAAAACAUGCUAAUGCAACAAACUUAUUGGAGGCCAAAUAGCGUGAUCUUGCAAAAGCCAUGCCUCCAUAGAUGUUUUCAGGUUGGGUUGUCAAGGCCAUUGUUGACAAAGAAAAAGAAAGAGAGGAAAUUUAAGAAUGAGUGCAUGAAAAUCAAAGCUGUGGCUGUGAGUGAAGAAGCAAUAGAAAGAAAAUCAGUUGAAGUGAAAGCUAUAGUGACUGUUAAGCCAGUGGUUGAAGGGGUUCUCUCAAACGUGGGACUACAAAGAGGUCUUGAUAAAAUAAGUGAUUUGAUGGGUAAAUCAAUUCUCUUGGAGCUUGUUAGCUCUGAGCUAGAUCCAAAGACAAAAUUAGAGAAGAGAAGAAUCAAAGGUUACGUUCGUUUGACGAAUCGAUCAGCACAAGAAGUAAAAUAUGAAGCUGAAUUUGAAGUACCAGCAAAUUUUGGAGAGAUUGGUGCUAUUCUUGUGGAAAAUGAACAUAGAAAGGAAAUAUUCAUGAGAGAAAUUGUUCUUGAUGGAUUUCUCACUGGUCCUGUUAAAUUUUCUUGUGAAUCUUGGGUUCGUUCCAAGUUUGACAACCCUACUAAGAGAGUGUUUUUUUCAAACAAGUCAUAUUUGCCUUCUGAAACACCAGAAGGAUUGAAAAUGUUAAGAGAAGGGGAACUGAUAAGUUUACGAGGCAAUGGACAAGGCGAACGCCAAUGGUUUGAUCGAAUAUAUGACUAUGAUGUGUAUAAUGACCUUGGAGAUCCUGACACCGAUCCCAAACACAAGAGACCUGUUCUCGGUGGCAGUGAACAUCCAUAUCCUAGACGUUGUAGAACCGGAAGACCUCGUUGUAAUACUGAUCCAUUGUCUGAGAAAAGAAGCAGCAGUGUCUACGUGCCUAGGGACGAAUGCUUCUCUAGUGUAAAACAACUCGUAAUUUCAGAAAAUACCUUACAGUCUGUUUUCAAUCCUCUUUUCUCGGGUUUGAAAACAUCUGUAAUUGACAAGAAUCUUGGAUUCCCUCUUUUCUCAUCCAUAGAUGACCUUUUCAAUGAAGGAUAUACCUUGCCUCCUCAAAAGGAGAAAGGAUUUCUUAGGACUGUGUUGCUGCGGUUGGCCAGGCUUGUCAGUGAUGCUACGGUUCUUCGUUUUCAGACUCCCGCCACAGUGGAUAAGGACAGAUUCUUUUGGUUUAGAGAUGAAGAAUUUGGAAGACAGACUAUAGCUGGUCUUAAUCCUUGUUGCAUCCAAUUGGUUACGGAAUGGCCAUUGAAAAGCAAACUUGACCCUAAUAUUUAUGGUCCUGCGGAAUCAGCAAUAACUACGGAAAUAAUUGAACAACAAAUCGGAGGACUCCUUACUGUUGAAGAGGCCAUAGAACAGAAGAAGUUGUUCAUUCUAGACUACUAUGAUUUUUUCAUGCCAUUAGUAGAGGAAGUUAGAAAACUUGAAGGCACAACAUUGUAUGGCUCGAGGACUUUGUUCUUUCUAACACCCGAUGGCGCAUUAAGACCACUAGCAAUUGAGCUAGCUCGGCCGCUGAUGAAUGGAAAGCCACAGUGGAGGCAAGUGUUCACACCUUCUUGGCACUCAACUGAAGUUUGGCUUUGGAGACUUGCCAAAACUCAUGUCCUUGCUCAUGAUGCUGGCUUUCACCAACUUGUUAGUCACUGGUUGCGAACUCAUUGUAGUACAGAACCAUACAUCAUUGCAACAAACAGGCAACUCAGUGCAAUGCAUCCAAUCUACAGAUUAUUACUUCCACAUUUUAGAUACACACUGGAAAUCAAUGCACUUGCACGUGAAAAGCUAAUAAAUGUCGAUGGAAUAAUAGAGAGUAGCUUCACUCCCAAACAACUUUCCCUUUUACUAAGUUCAAUAGCCUAUGAUAAACACUGGCAAUUCGACUUACAAGCCCUUCCGAAUGACCUAAUCCACAGAGGAUUGGCAGAAAAAGAUCCAAAUGCCCCUCAUGGCUUGAAACUGGCCAUAGAAGAUUACCCUUAUGCAAAUGAUGGUCUUGUUCUUUGGGAUGCUAUCAAAUCUUGGGUCACUGAUUAUGUCAACCACUACUAUAAUACAGAUACAAGAAAUGUUGAGUCAGAUAAAGAAUUGCAAGCAUGGUGGGAUGAGAUUAGAAAUGUUGGACAUGGUGACAAGAAAGAUGAACCUUGGUGGCCUAAUUUGAAAACAAAUGAAGAUCUUAUUGAAAUUGUGACGACCAUUGUUUGGAUAACAUCAGGACAUCACGCGGCGAUGAAUUUUGGUCAGUACACUUAUGCGGGAUAUUUUCCUAAUAGACCGGCCAUUGCGAGAACCAACAUGCCUACAGAAGACCCCUCUGAUCAAGAACUUGAACUUUUCUAUAAUAAACCAGAAGUGACAUUGUUGAAGUGUUUUCCUUCGCAAAUUCAAGCAUUGACGGUGAUGACAGUGUUGGAUAUUUUGUCUACGCAUUCCCCAGACGAGGAAUAUCUUGGACAAACGAUUGAGCCGGCUUGGGAAGAGGAACCAAUGGUUAAGGCUGCUUUUGAAAAGUUUAAAGGGAAGUUAAUGGAGCUUGAAGGUAUAAUUGAUAAGAGGAAUGCUAAUAAGAAUCUGAGGAACAGAAGUGGUGCUGGGAUUUUGCCUUAUGAGCUUUUGAAGCCAACUUCAGAACCUGGUGUAACAGGAAAAGGUGUUCCAUAUAGCAUCUCUAUUUGAUUUUAACACGUGUUGUGGAUUAGUCUGUGUUGUAUUUAAUUGUGUUUCCUUGGUCUUUAAAUGUCUAUUUUGAGCUCACUGUAAUAAAAUGUAAUUAGUAACUUUGAAUAAAGUCUUAUUGUGGUAUUUGGAUCGAACAUUAGUCUUGACAAAUGUAGCUUCAUGGUUGGACAAAGUAGUGUUGUAGUCGAACUCUGUUCUAGCAUGCAAUAGUCGAAGAUGUGCAUGCUAUAGUCGAAGCUUGUUCUAGCAUGCAGUUGUAUAAUUUAGCUUAGUGUCUAAGUUAGCUAUGUAUACUUGUAAUCACAAACCUUAACGAAAAAGAGUCCCUAGCCUUUGAAGAAGUUCAAUCAACGUUGUAUUUGAAGAACUUGAACGAAAGAAAGGAGCAAAAGCCAUCAUAUGUUGGUGAAGAAUUGUCUGUCAAAGAAAAAUUCCCGAAGAAGGAUGGUAAGUUUGAGAAGUUGAAAGGUAAAUAUCAGCACAAGUUAAAUAUUGGUAUUGCUCCUGCAAUUAGGUGUUAUCACUGUAAGAAAGAGGGCUACACAAGAAAGGUGUGCCCUGAACACUUGAAUAAUCAUGGAGGUAAGGAUAAUGGCAACACAACUAUUGUGCAAGUUGAUUUUGAAUCAUAUGAUGUUAUGUCAUUUCAAGCAGCGACUCUAGAAAGGAGUGGAUUAUGGAUUCAGGGUGUACUUAGCAUAUGAAUCCAAAUAAAGACGUGUUUAAGGAGUUAUGUGAUCAAGAUGGUGGAUCAGUGCUGCUGGAAAACAACAAAGCCUGCAAGAAUAGAAUUGUAAA